AUGCUUGCGUGGGGUAGCAUUACUGUGGGUAUGGCUUUCGUAACUAAUGGUCGACAGUUACUCAUUGUCCGCUUUCUGAUCACUUAUGGCAUGGCACAAAUGAAAGGUAUCGGUGGUCUGAAAGGUUGGCAAUGGACAUUUUUGCUUGAAGGUUUACCGAUCAUCCCGCUCGGGUUGAAUAAUAUUGAGAAACAGCUAUUGACAAAUCUUCUCCGAAACGAUUCAGGUGUAGCCGACAGUGAGCUCAUAUCAAGUACUCGACUUUCAUGGCGACAAGUUCGUUAUGUUUUCAUCGAUUGGCGAAUCUAUUUGUAUGGCCUAAUUUUUGUUGGCAAUACGACCGUUAUCGUAUGUCUGACAGCGUUUCUUCCGACACUAGUCGAAAGUAUGGGUUGCUCCAAAACUGAAGCACACAUAAUGACAGCACCACCUCAUAUUGUCGCAUGUGUUUGCUGUUUACUGGCUGGUUAUCUGUCUUCACGUCAAAAUGAACAUAGCUAUAAUCUUGCAUUUUGUCUAUUGGUCGCUUUAUUCGGAUUCAUUCUAAUGCUCACUCUGUUCAAUCAAGGCAAAGUGGCAGUCUAUGCCAGCAGUAUUGUUGCUUGUUGUGGUGUACUCGCUGCAUUUCCUUUACUACUCUCUUGGUUAACAAAUAACGUUGGUGGUCAUACAAAGAGAGCAAUGGCAAUCAGUUUCGUUUGGGGCAUCGGUCAAAUCGGUGGCAUUGCCAUUCCGCUGAUCUAUAGAGACGUUGAUAAGCCAACUUAUCGACGCGGACAUUUGAUCUGUGCUGGAAUGAUGGUUGUCAGUUUCAUUGUUACCAUUAUUUUACGCAUUUGUUUAAUGAGAGAAAAUCAUCGACGGACAAAUUUAUCACUAGAGGAGUAUGCACGUGAAGCAGCUAUCAAAGAACCCUGCGAUCGACAUCCUGACGUACGCUACGUGUUGUGA